AUGGCAGAAGCACAAACUUCGAAGAAGCCAGCACCAGUAGAUGAUGGAAAUUAUGAUAAAGAGGUAUUUUAUUCCGAGUUUUUUGUAAAAAUAUUUUAAAAUUCUGUUUUCAGGUUAUCUCAAAGUUUCCAGACUUGGAGCUCGCCCAAGUUAGAUUCUUGGUUAAUCACCCAGAAGUUGCUAAAGAUAUCAAAGCACAAAAAUUGGAGACUUUGCAAGCUGCCAUCAAAGAACAUGAUAUGGCUCCAUUUUAUGAACUUGUUUGUGCGGAUUUGAAUGUAGCAGUCGAUCAAGCACAAUUGGCUAGCAUGCGAGCAGCAAAUGUCAAAAGAUUGGCCGAAAUUGACGCUGAAGUUGAAGACGCUGAAAAGAAUCUUGGUGAAUCUGAAGUUCGUCAAGCGCUUCUCAGAAAAUUCGAAUAUUUCUGUCAAAUUGGAGACAAAGAAAAUGCGAAAAAGACAUUCACCGCUGUCUACGACAAAACUGUUGGAAUGGGAUAUCGUAUCGAUGUUGUAUUCGCUAUGAUUCGUGUUGGACUCUUCUUCCUCGAUCAUCAUCUCAUCAACAAAUUCAUCACAAAAGCCAGAGAAUUGAUGGAACAAGGAGGAGAUUGGGAGAGGAAAAAUCGUCUCCGAUCCUAUGAAGCUUUGUACAAAAUGUCGGUUCGUGAUUUCGCUGGAGCCGCCAACCUUUUCCUCGAAGCGGUCCCAACUUUCGGCUCAUACGAAUUGAUGACUUACGAAAAUCUCGUUCUGUACACUGUUAUCACAACAACAUUUGCCUUGGACAGACCAGAUCUCCGAUCAAAAGUUAUUCGCUGCAAUGAAGUUCAAGAACAACUCACCGGCGGUGGAGCUAAUGGAACACUUAUUCCAGUUCGCGAAUAUUUGGAAGCCUAUUAUGAAUGUCAUUAUGAUAGAUUUUUCAUUCAAUUAGCCGCGUUGGAAAGUGAACGAGUAAGUCUAAACUUCAAAAAUAGAUCUAAAUAUAAAAAAUAAUGUAAAUUUUCAGUUCAAAUUUGAUCGUUAUUUGUCUCCACAUUUCAAUUAUUAUUCUCGUGGAAUGAGACAUCGCGCCUACGAACAAUUCUUAACACCAUAUAAAACUGUUCGUAUCGAUAUGAUGGCAAAAGAUUUCGGAGUUUCACGCGCUUUUAUCGAUCGCGAAUUGCAUCGUCUUAUCGCAACUGGUCAAUUACAAUGUAGAAUUGACGCUGUAAAUGGAGUUAUUGAGGUUAAUCAUCGUGACUCGAAAAAUCAUUUGUUCAAAUCGGUCAUCAAGGAUGGUGACAUUCUUCUGAAUCGUAUUCAAAAAUUGGCCAGAGUCAUCAACGCUUAA